AUGACUAUGCUUCUUGAUAGCGGUCCGCAGUUUGCAUCGCUAGGAGUGGGGGGCUUCGGGACACCGCGGCACCACGACAUCGGGAACAGAGACCCGGGUCUGGGGCUCAAUCCCUUCUCCGACUCCCCCCACUCCGCGGCUUUCAAAAUCAGCCCCGUUGGUCACGAUAUCGCCUCCAGCCAGACGUCAGCGUUCACCCCGCAAGCCACUGGAUAUGCAGCUGCCCUGGGACACGCGCACGGCGGGCAGGUGGGCUCGUACGGCGGAGGAGCGUUCAACUCGACGCGGGACUUUCUCUUCCGGAACCGGGGUGUCGGAGAGUCCACCGCACCGAGCGCCCAGCAUGGGAUCUUUGCAGCUUCGGCGGGGAGCCUCCACGGGCCGCCCGGGAUCACCGACAACCCCGGACAUCUGUUGUUUCCGGGACUCCACGACCAGGGGGUGAGCCACUCUUCACCGGGUGGACACGUAGUUAACAGCCAAAUGCAUCUUGGCUUACGCGGGGACAUUUUCGGGAGACCAGAUCCAUAUCGUCCGGUGGCGAGCCCUCGGACGGACCCCUACGGGACCCAGCUCCACAACUACAGCCACCCCAUCAACAUGAACAUGGGGAUGAAUGUGCCGACACACCACGGUCCGGGGGCCUUCUUUAGAUACAUGAGGCAACCGAUCAAGCAAGAAUUAUCCUGCAAAUGGAUAGACGAGAACCAGAUGAACAGACCCAAAAAGACUUGCGACAGGACGUUCAGCACCAUGCACGAGAUGGUCACGCAUGUGUCCAUGGAGCACGUCGGCGGGCCCGAGCAGAGCAACCACAUCUGCUUUUGGGAGGACUGCCCGAGAGAAGGGAAAUCUUUUAAGGCCAAGUACAAACUCGUCAACCACAUCCGCGUGCACACGGGCGAGAAACCGUUCCCGUGCCCGUUCCCCGGAUGUGGGAAGAUAUUCGCCAGAUCGGAGAAUUUGAAAAUCCACAAAAGAACGCACACAGGUGAGAAGCCGUUUAAGUGUGAAUUUGAUGGCUGUGACAGACGCUUCGCCAACAGCAGCGACAGGAAAAAGCACAUGCAUGUGCACACAUCAGACAAGCCAUACAUCUGCAAAGUGUGCGACAAGUCUUACACACACCCCAGCUCUCUCAGGAAACACAUGAAGGUAAUUAACGUACACGAGUCUCAAGGAUCAGAAUCGUCUCCAGCAGCCAGCUCUGGAUACGAGUCGUCCACACCGCCUGUGCUGGUCUCAGCCAGCACCGAAGAUCCGACAAAAACACCGCCGUUAGCCGUACAAAACUCAUCCGGCCACAGCGAAGGACUGGCACCCAACUUUAAUGAAUGGUACGUUUGA